AUGGUCCAUAGCAGCAACAGUGUCUCAACACCCUUGGUUUCCAAAGAACCAACUACAUUUUACUAUCUUAAUCUGGAAGGCCUAAGCGUGAACAGCAACAAGUUUGUUCAAAUUCAGACUCAUGGAAACAUUGUUAUUGAUUCAGGCACAACAUACACAAUUUUAAGCUCUCAUCUUUACAACCAAUUGGAAUCGACACUGUCGAAUGUCACCGUCGACCUUACCCGGGCGGAAGACCUGACCAGAACCUUUAGGCUGUGCUAUGAGGACAAGCCAUUUGCUAGACUUCCCAACAUAACAUUUCACUUCACUGGUGCAGAUUUGAUCUUGGGGCCGCACAAUACUUUCAUUGAGUUCAAUGGUUUGGCCUGCCUGGCAAUACUGCCAAGCAAGGAUGACUUUUCCAUCUUUGGAAAUGUUGCUCAGCGAAAUUUUUUAGUUACUUAUGAUCUUGAAGAGAGAAAGGUAUCGUUUGCUUCAACAAGGUGUUCCAGCACUAGUUAUUAUUCUGAUGGAGUACUGCAUUUGCAUCCCUCAACUCUUCUCCUCUUGUUGUCUCUUUCCAUGUACAAGCUACUAAUAACUAGCUAA